AUGACAAGAGUAUUUCAGAAUUCUCUACUGCAGGCCAAAACGCGUUAUCAACUGUUGGCCACAGUGAUCGUGAACAUCAUUACCUUUGGACAUGGCGUUGGUGUUGGUUGGCUGUCGCCGACUUUAUCGAGGAUCCAAGCCCCCGAUUCGCCCCUGGACUUUGCAGUCAACAUCGACGAGAUAUCCUGGCUGGGUUCAAUGAUCGGACUUGGAAACUUAGCUGGAAAUCUGGCCAUUGCCUUUCUUUUGGAACGGACGGGGAGAAAGUUUUGCAUUUAUCUUCUGGCCGGACCAUAUGCAUGUCUGUGGAUUCUCGUAUACUGCGCCUCCAACGUGGGCUAUCUCUAUACAGCGCGAUUCCUGUGCGGGUUCACUGGAGGCGCAUUGUAUAUAGUAGUUCCCAUUUUCAUCAGUGAAGUCGCCGAUCCCAGCAUUCGAGGAGCCCUUAGUUCCGUGAUGAUGAUGUAUUUCAACUUUGGAGUAUUGGCUGGCUAUACAAUGAGCACGUAUCUGCCAUAUCAUGUCGUACCCAUCGUGGGUAUUAUGCUGCCGAUUGCCUAUUUUUUCGCAAGUCUUAUGCUCCCUGAAACGGCGCCAUAUCUCCUGAAGCGGAGCCAAUUGAAUGCAGCUGAGAAAUCCUUCAGAUACUAUACAAAUCAACAGGGAGGAGUAACGUCCAAGGCACAAUUUGAAGAUCUUCGAUCAGCGGUCCUUCUUCAGCAGUCGCAGUCCACAUCUCAUCUGAGUUAUAAAGACUUGAUUACCAAGCCUGCCCUCAAGGCGUUUGGUGCCGCUGCUGUCCUGUGCGCGGGACUUGAGCUCAGCAACGUUUAUAGCUUCAUCAACUACAUGUCUGAUAUUUUCACCUCAUCUGGAUCGGUGCUGGACGUCAACACCUGUACGAUCAUCAUCGGAGUAGUGCAAAUUAUUGGAGUCUAUACCUCGACCAUAUUCGUGGACAUCGUUGGACGACGGCUCCUCAUGCUGAUCUCUACCCUAGGCGUGGGCAUAGGAUGCAUCGCCUUUGGGUGCUUUACCCACUUUGCGGAGCACUACGAUCUCAGCCAGUUCAAUUGGCUUCCACUGGCACUGAUGAUUCUCAUAAUUUACUUUGCCAACAUUGGGAUAAAUUCGCUAUUUUGCCUUGUGAUGGUGGAACUUUUUCCAUCGAAGAUACGCUCUUUGGCUACCUCGAUGUCAUUGAUAUGGAUGAGUCUCUUGAUCUUUUGCACUUUGAAAUUGUUCCCUUAUUUGAUGCACAAUUGGGGCAUAUCGAUUACCAUGUGGUUCUCAGCCACUUGGAGCCUGCUGACUUUUAUUUAUUUCUUGCUGUUCUUGCCGGAAACUAAGGGAAAAUCCAUGAUUGAAGAUUAA